UUGAGAGUCUAUAGGCGGGGGAGUUUUCCAAGCGGCGGAAACUUGUCCGAAAGUUCCGAGAAGCCCCCCCCGGCCCCCCCGCGACCUGCCCGUUGCCAGCAGCGGCGUUUUUACGGGUUUCGCGCGGAGUGAAGUUGAGUGAGUGAGGGGGCCAUGUCCGGCUCCUCCAACGUCGCCGCUAUGAAGAAGGUGGUGCAACAGCUGCGGCUCGAGGCCAGCGUGAGCCGCGUGAAGGUUUCACAAGCUGCAGCUGAUCUGAAGCAGUUUUGCCUUCAAAAUGCACAUCACGAUCCUUUAUUAACAGGAGUUUCAUCAAGUACAAAUCCAUUCAGACCACAGAAAGUCUGUUCUUUUCUCUGAUUUGAUCUAACAACUUUUCCUAGCUGGUUAUGUUGAAUAUGGAAAUGAAGCAAGAUGGCUUGGAACCUGUAUAGAAACUUUGUAUUAAUGUGCCAACUUUGAGCUUGUAAGAUUGCUAUUGUUUCAAACCCCCUUAAAAUCUACCUCUCUAAACAAGCUGUAUGCUAGUUGCUAUAACUCUGUAUCAUGAGGGAAUCAAUUUUAUAUUCAAGCAAUAGUUGACAUGAUUUUGAAUGUUAGCAUAGAGUAUUUCAACUUGUCCUAAUACUUUGAACUGUGUAUCCAAAGCUUCACUAUUGUUCUAAAUACUGUCAGUUCAUUUUGUAAAAAUAUUCUGCUUUUCCAAAACAAAAUAGCAUCUUCAUCUAAACAAAUUAGUAAUUUACAAUCAGCAGAGUACUUUUUUCUCUUUUGUUAUAUAGCCAUAACUAAUUUGGAGUGAACUGUAUUUGUCUCUAGAAGCAUCCUAAAUUGUGAAUAUCCUUCUACAAGACUCAAAAAAACAAAAUAAAUGCCUUGUUAUACACUA